AUGGCCGACCCUCUUUCUUUGGCAGCCAGUAUUGCCGGCUUGAUCUCACUAGCCGACGUUAUCUUCAGAACCACAUACAAAUUCGUCAGAGCCGCCAAAGAUGCGAAGGAUGAAAUUCAGAGCCUUCUUGACGAGAUCAACAAUCUCUCCAGCGUGUUGCGACGCCUUGAGGCCUUGGCAUCAGAUUUGGAAGAUGAAGGGCAAUCCUUUGACCCGACAUUGAGGAACCACUAUCUAAAUCACUGCUACAAGACAUUCAACAAAAUCGAAUCAAGAGUCAAGAAAGCUUCUGAAAGCUUCAAGAAAUCCAAGCUCGACGGGAUCGUACGACAACUCAAAUGGCCCUUCUCAUCGUCAGAGACAAAAGAGCUUCUGACCGAGCUGUCUCGGCAUAAGGAAACCAUCAGCGUCGCCCUUCUUGCUGACUCGAUGCGGAAGAUACAGCUAUCGCUCUCCAAAUCUGACGAAAUAGACAGAAAGAUUACCGUUUUAGGAGAGGUGGCGAGAAGGAUUGAGAUCAACACUAUGAUAGCCAUCGACAAACGAAAAAAGCGUAUUCUGGAUCAUUUCAUGAAAGCGAAUCCGCAGCCCGCACUGCAAACAAGCAUCAGGCUUCGUCAUUCAAUGACAGGACUCUGGCUGACUGAAUCACCAACUUUUGUUCGCUGGCUCGAAACACCAGGCUCCAAGCUAUGGUUGACUGGAAUACCAGGAGCAGGCAAAACCAUCCUCGCUGGCUCCGUAAUUCAAGAGGCUCUCUCUCUCAAUCGCGCUUCUCGCAAGACAGGAGUGGCGUUCUUCUUUUGUGACUACAAGGAUUCGAAAACGUGGAACAUAGUAAAUAUUCUUGGUGCACUGGCUUCUCAACUUGCACGUCAAAAUGAUGAAUCAUAUGACGUCCUGGACGCUUACUACGAAAGCCUUUAUCCACCAGAAGGACUCCCGCAGACUGCCGAUUCAGACGAACUACGAGCUCAAAUCAGUAAAAUGUGUGAGACAUUUGACCAAACCAUCAUAGUUGUUGAUGGUAUUGAUGAGUGUGACGAUAUGACCGACGAGGUUGUCGACAACCUGAUCCAAUUAGCUGACAACGCUGAGCGAGUGUCGAUGGCUAUUUUCAGUCGGGAUCACGUCAACAUUCGUGUGCGCUUCGAAGAAGAAUUCGAGCCUAUCCAAAUCGCAGCGCAUACCGAGGAUGUGGAACUCUAUGUGAAUGCCGAAAUUGACAAGAGGAUUCGCACACGACAACUUCAGCUAACCAGUGCGAAUAUGAAAGAGGAGAUCCGGAGCGCUUUGGUGGCAAAGGCUGAUGGGAUGUGGGUAGUUUGCCAGCUGGACUACCUGGGCAACUGUGCUCACGACCAGGAGCGCCGCGAAGCUUUGAGCAAGCUCCCGCCCGACUUACCUGAGAGUUAUCGUCGCCUCCUCGAGAAGGUAAAUCAGUUCUCUCUUGGAGUACAAAACAUGGUUCAAAUGUGUCUUCACUUCAUGGCCAUAGCAGAGCCGAAGUUGACGAUCGUUGAGCUGCGGCAAGCGGUCUCAACUCUAACAACAGAGGGAAAGAUAGACGAAGGCAAUGUCGUACCAGAAUACGAAAUAUUGAAAAGGUGCAGCAGCCUCAUACGAAAAUCUACGGAUGGAAGAUACUUCGAAUUUGCCCACUUCUCUGUCCGCGAAUUCCUGGAAGACGAAAACGCCAUAUCUCAAGGUACCAACCUUGGAAAGUACCGGAUUGCUCAGCACACGACAAACCAGCUUCUUGCUACGCAGUGUCUGCGUUUUCUCCAAAUGGAGAAUUUUGACAAGCUGCCCAACAACCCGCACGAACAAAUCGCUGCCACUGGUCAAAGAGACGAGACAUACCCGUUUUACAGACAUGCCGCCCUCUUAUGGAUCAAACUCACACAGGAUGGGCUAGGCGACUCACAAAUUCUAGAUCUAGUGAAGUCUCUGUUCCAGUCUCGCAAGCGAGCAUUCUUCAUGUGCUGGGCUAUUGAGGUAUUCAAAAAGGUUACGUUUGCUACUGGCACUCAGUCAGCACUUAGCGAAAUACAGGCCUGGAGAACAGUGAGAAAUCCUUCCUUUCAGCCACUGCACAUGGCUGCUGCUUUGAAUAUUCCCGAGAUAUGCGGCUUUUUGAUCUGCAAUGGUUCGGAUGUGAACGAGAAACUCGAUGCCGCAACACCUCUCGACCUUGCAUUCAUAUCCAUUUUGGCAGUCCCUGGGCUGGCAGAAAUGAGCGGGACAAACGCCAAACACCGCUCUCUUAUGACCAAUGGAAGAGAUAAGUUCUUGCCCUCGGCCCAGCGUAGAGAUAUGACGAUUGACUGCCUGAUGCAUGCUGGAGCGCGGUCUUCAGACCAUCUGAUCCCCCCCAACACGCUCUCUGUUUUCUCUAUCACUUGCUUGUUUGCAUCGAUAUUUAACGACUUAUAUCCUGUAUUUCGGUGCCUAUGUUCUCAUAUCACACCGUCUGUGUCUGACGUCAAGGUUCUUCAAGAAUGGCUCGUGGCUACUAGCACAUCAAAUUAUGUGGCAGAAGUGUCGACUCGCAUGCUUUUGAAAUUCCUCAGUUCGACUGGAGCCUACAGUAGCGAAUGGGGUGCUGAGCUGGGUCUGAUUGUCUGGAGUUGGGCUCAAGAAUGUAAAUUCUCCCUGACAAGAGAUUUGAGUUUGGUUGGUUCUUGUGACCUGAUGUCGGACGACGCUUUGGUUUCCCAGCUAGUCUCAGCUAUUUGCAGCGACAAUAUUGCGUUGCUCAAGUACUGUUUUAAGGACAGGCGACUAAAGAAUCAAGUUCGGUACUCGGGACUGGUCAAUGGGCUUUUACACCUGGCAAUCAAGUACAACGCGUUUGACAGCUUCAAAGCCUUGGUUACUGCGGGGUUCGAUCCCUAUACCGGAAAUGAGGAAGGCAAGUUCCCAAUUCAUUUGUGUGAGCGUCAUGGCAGGCUACGCCUUUGCAAGGUCUUGAAGGAUCUUGGAAUAUCUCUUAUGAGCCAGGACCAAGAUGGAUACAGCAUCUUACAUUACUGGGCUCAGGACCGUCCCUUGGACUAUCAGUUUAUCAAUGAUAUCUUCGAGUUGGCUACAGAAGAGACGAUCAAGGGGCUUCAGUCGAGGUCACGUUAUGGCGCGACGCCGUUGAUUGUGGUAUUCGAAAGCGCUGGAGAGAGCCCAAAAAGCGAACAUCGCGACCUUGACUUGAAUAAGCUAUGCCUUCAAAUUCUAAGUUUUUUGCAGGGUUACCGCAGGGCAUCAGGGAUGACCACGAGCCUAGAGACUGAACAAAGCGUUUGCUAUCUGAAGGGGAAAUUUGCUGAGUUCGACAGCAUGAUAGGAGCUGAACCAACACCAGUACACAAACUGAAAGCUUGGGUCUCUUUGGACCAGGUGAAGUUACUGAUUAAGAUUUAUCCAGACGCGCUUACUUCAAGAGUUGAUGGCAGACUACCGCUUGAGACGUACAUCACCAAUUCGCUCGACAAUCGCGUGUUCCCAAAAAACAAUAUCAUCAAAGCCCUCUUCCCCAACACCCUGAAUGACACUGGAUCAAGCGAGACCCAGAGCUUGUGGAGCUUUGUGUGUUGCCUACCUGACAAUGAAGGGCCUAGCAAAGAACAAUACACCAGCUCAAAAGAAUUCGAAACCAUGAUGAGGAUCGUGUUCGAACUCGGAGCGAUGCGCAGCCAUGAGAAACAGUAUAAAGAAAGUGGACUGGUGCCACUACUGUCCAAUUACCAUUUCUCGUUGAUGCCGAUGCUUCGCGAUGCUAUUUUGCAAACCAGUUACUGGGAUGGCAUGCAAAACUCUGACGAAAUAUCCUUGUUGUUUCAAGAUGUGAUAAAGAAUGCCAACCUCGAUAUGAUACGGCUACUCAACGAGAAGGGGGCUGACCUCCACCACCUUGUCGAUGGCCAAACAUCCUUCGAAGUUGUAUUUCGUGCUCCCGUGGCGAUCGAUCUUUGCAAGACCGAAGACGGGACGACAGCUCUCAGGGAACUAUUGGAACGUUGCAGUGUUGGAGAGACAGUGGAAUCUUCUUUUGGAAAAGAUCAUGCAUCGCCUCUUCAUACACUUGCUACAUCAGAAGACGCAAAGGACAUCCUUUGGUUGGCGGAGGCACUUGUGCAACACGGGUUUGACAUAAACUAUGUUGGAUCAGGCUCGUAUAAAGCUACGCCUCUUGUAUAUCAUCUCCAAGAAUCCUCUUUACAAUUUGCAGAACGACUGCUAGAAUUAGGUGCCGACCUACAUGUAAGCGGUCCUUCAGUCGUUAAUGGAGUACUUGCGUGUAUAGCCACCGAUAAUGUGGCAUUCCUGCAGAAGAUUGCAAAUCACACAAGCGAGGCCGGGACCUCGUUUCGAUGGUCAGAUCCGGUGACGUUUGAACUCCAAGAGUUUGGUCCAAAGGUUGUGAUCACUAACGGAAACGCAAUACAUAUGGCCUCGGCCUGCAAUAGCGUUGCCUGCCUAGAGUACAUAUUGCACCAAGUUUCGGAGCCAGAAAAGUCUUUACUAUCAGAUGAAGGGCUUUCUCCGGUCCACAUAGCUGCCUAUAAUGGCUUCUUAGAUGUCAUGAAGCUUCUUCUGACAAGAGGAUUCAACACAAUGGUUGAAAGUCAAUUCGGCUUCAGUCCGUUGCAUUUGGCUGUGUUCGGCGGACAUCUACAAGUCGUCCAAUGCUUGAUGGAGCAUGGCGCAUUUCAAACCUUGGAUAAAAACGGCAUGAGCCCAGGGAGGAUUUCCUCCGACCUUGAAUUCGAAGAAAUCUAUGAGGUUUUGGAAGGGGUUCCCUGGGUUGGCUACAAACAAAUUUCAUCUAUCCAAGAACUUGCAGAAUUCGGGGAACCAGCAGAGCGUUUGGCAUUGGCGUUCGAAAGGGCCGUAAAAGAAGAUGAUUAUGAAAGUAUGAUGCAGCUGAUUGACAAAGGGUGCUCUGUUGAUGUCCCCCUCCCAUCAAGGCCUGGAUUGUCAGCGUUUCUGGUAGCUUUGGAGGAUGACAACUUUACCAUGGGCAAAUGGUUGUUGGGCAAAGGAGCCAGUGCAUUGCAAGCGGAUUAUAACGAUGAAUUCGGGAAAAGUGCCAUUGAAAUAGCUGCUGGCCUGCGAAGCCUCAAUCGUUUGCUGCCGAAAUUGUUCUUGAGAUAUUUAAGGCAAGGCGGUGACUUGAGAUUCGGGCGUGAGCUUCCAUUCCAUGAAGCAAUAGAAGAAAGUAACACGAAAGGCCUUGAGAUAUUGCUUGAAGAAGCUGAAAGACACCUUCAUUACAUCGGAUCUUCACAAGCCUUCAAAGACGUGUUGAACCGCUUGUUUCCUAGUAGGUUCUUUUAUGAAAAUAGCUUUGAAGAUUGGACAUAUCGUGCAAAGACGACGGCGUUGCACAUGGCUGCGUGGCAUGGGAACAAGGAGGCAGUCUCACUUCUGGUAGAGAGGGGAGCGGAUAUCGACGCAGCCGACUCGAAUGGGUGGACACCACUUAUAUUUUCGCAAGAUGAUAGUAUGGCAAAGCAUCUAGUCUCGCUUGGGGCAUCGACAGCUGCAGUGUGCAGGGUCGGAUCGCUACCGUCGUUGAUGAAAUGGUUUGGUGAUGAUCUGUUUGAUGAAGCGCACCCUAUCAGCUUUUCACGGUUACCGAAGAAGCUCUUCACUGUAUCAGACACGUCACGAUUCUCGGCACAAUGCGAGGCGUUGCGACUAACCCCCAACACUUUGGACAGUAUGCAUAAGCUCAAGUCUGAUCUCACGAGUGAGGAUGAGGCGGGUCGGAGUAUGAUGCAUCACAUCUUGGGCGAAGAAGAUCUAGUUGACUGGGUAUUGGACCGCGAACAAGAUCUGAGCGGAACGACUCCUUUUCCGUGGCAUCUGGAGUGGUGUGAAUUUUCUGGUCUUGCCCUCCUAACAUCCUCAUUCGAGCGGCUUCGACAACGAAUGCCAGCUGAUCUGUUCCGCAAAGUCCUGAAUCUUGAACCAUCGCGCGGCUGGAGCCCUUUAUGCCACGCAGCCGCUUUGAAUCGUGUUGACAUUAUCGCGAAUUGCCUUGAGAUGGGUGCUGAUAUCAACUUUGAAGGUUCCUGUUUUGGAUCGGCACUCAUGAAUGCAAGUGCUUGCGGGAGCCUGGAUGCUGUCAAGCUUCUCGCUCGCAAUGGGGCAUCCUUGAGGUACAUGAGCAAGAGCGGGUUCACCAGCUGUUUUCUAGUCGCUGGAACUGAUGCAGUCAGGGAAUGGCUUCUUUGUGGUCGGUUCAUGGACCAGAAGCGUCUUUCAGCUGAAGCCGAUGCAAACUGUGUUCGGGAAGAGGUUCCGUGGGGUGGAUACAUAGAAGCCAAGGUGUUGCUUUACGGUAGAAGAGCCCAAUGGCUUGAAGAGUCGACAUUAGAUUAUGCGAAGAGACUGUCGAAGAUGAAGAGGAGUUGGCAAGGGAAGGUUGUGCGACUGUAUGUUGAAGAAACGGACUUGUAUUCAAGCACAGACUCAGAUACUGGAUCUGAAGGAGAAGCGGAAUUGGAUCGGGUUCGGAGUUUCUUGACGCGGAUCAACCGCGCGAGAGAUUCAGACUCCUACUCUGAGUCGGAUUCUGAGUCUAGCGCUGGCUGGGUUUCGUGUUGUUAA